AAUGAGAGAAAGAGGGUGUAUGUGUGUGUGAGGGAGGGAGAGAGAGGAAGAGUACUCCCAGCGCAGUCUGAUCAGUGUUUCGGUCUCCUUCUUGCUAUGUGGAUUAUAGCUCCCACUGCUCACUGGAUUGACGUUCCCAUUACUGGAAUCUUACAUUGAACCAGCAGAGAGGAUUUUCUAUCGGAGUGUUUUGGUAUUUGACAGCAGUGACUUUAAUACAGGUGGAAGUUUUCAGUGAAUUGUUGUAGAUGAGUAUGGAGUUGAACGGCCGUGUCCUGCCGCCGUCAAUACCUGAGGAUGGAGAAGCCCCGGACCAUGUUGCUCAUGGGGAGAUAAAUGGUUACCACCAAAGACUUGGGGGCGAUGAUGGAGGAGAGGCUGAGGUCCCGGUGUCCAAGUCCCAGAGACGAAAGAGUGAUGUCAAAGUCUAUAAGGAGUUUUGUGAUUUUUAUGCUCGCUUCAACAUGGCCAACGCUCUGGCUAAUGCCAUGUGUGAGCGCUGCAAGAGUGGCUUUGCCCCGGCUGAGAAGAUAGUGAACAGCAACGGGGAGCUUUACCAUGAGCAGUGCUUUGUGUGCGCCCAGUGUUUCCAGCAGUUCCCAGAAGGACUCUUCUAUGAGUUUGAAGGCAGGAAAUACUGUGAACAUGACUUCCAGAUGCUGUUCGCUCCCUGCUGCCACCAGUGUGGUGAGUUCAUCAUUGGCCGCGUGAUCAAGGCUAUGAACAACAGUUGGCAUCCGGACUGUUUCUGCUGUGAUAUCUGCCAGGCUGUGCUCGCUGAUGUUGGAUUCGUUAAGAAUGCUGGAAGGCACCUGUGUCGUCCAUGUCACAACAGAGAGAAAGCUCGGGGCCUCGGCAAGUACAUCUGUCAGAAGUGCCACGCCAUUAUUGAGGAGCAGCCUCUCCUGUUCAAGAAUGACCCUUACCACCCUGAUCACUUCAACUGCAACAACUGCGGUAAGGAGCUGACGGCUGAUGCCAGGGAGCUGAAGGGGGAGCUCUACUGUCUGCCCUGCCAUGACAAGAUGGGUGUCCCCAUCUGCGGGGCCUGUAGGAGACCCAUUGAGGGCCGUGUGGUUAACGCCAUGGGCAAGCAGUGGCACGUGGAGCAUUUUGUGUGUGCUAAGUGUGAGAAACCCUUCCUGGGACACCGUCACUACGAACGCAAGGGCCUGGCCUACUGUGAGACUCACUAUAACCAGCUGUUUGGAGAUGUUUGCUACCACUGCAAUCGUGUCAUCGAAGGAGAUGUGGUGUCUGCGCUCAACAAGGCUUGGUGUGUCAACUGUUUUGCUUGCUCUACCUGCAACACCAAGCUCACCCUCAAGGAUAAGUUUGUGGAGGUGGAUCUGAAGCCGGUGUGUAAGCACUGCUAUGAACGCCUGCCGGAUGACAUGAAACGCCGACUGGCCAAGCGUGAACGUGACUCAAAAGAGAAGAAGAAGAAAUUACUGAAACCCAUGUGUCUGUGAUCUGCUCUUUCUCCUUUUAUCCUCACUUCCGCUGUUCUUCCUUUGGAACAAGUUUGUGGAGUUUGACAUGAAGCCCGUGUGUAAGAAGUGCUACGAGAAAUUCCCUCUGGAGCUGAAGAAGAGACUGAAGAAGCUGUCUGAAACUGUUGCCCGGAAGUAAAGACACAGCUGAGCAGCUACAGGAAGAGAGAAACAGAUUAGAAAUGCAAGUCACACUUCCAGAAUUGACAAUCGUUUAAGAUGGCAUUUGUGUGUUUUAUACAAUUGGUAUGUUAUAUUUAGGUUGGUUAUUUCAGCAGAACACACCACUUUUUGUCCUUUCAGUUGCAGAGGAUCAUUUAAUGAGCCUGAAACUGACGGAUGCAGGGUCAGGCAGGGUCAACAUUAACCUGUCCAGUGCCUUUUCGCUCAAAUACUGCACUGUAUAUCUUUCACAUGCUUGCCUUAGUUCACUAUAUGUAUUAAACCUAAACACAGAUGAUGAUGGUCCUGUAUUUCAAAAUGACAUAUGAGCUUUAAGAGAACAUAGAACCAUGAGAAUAAUAAAAAGGCUGUUGGACUGCUUUCCACCUUGUCUCAUGAUGCCAAGCCCUGUGUCCCCUGUUUGACUAAUGUUACUGAUACUCUUGUAUAAUUAUGGAGUAAACCCAAAGACAGUUGAGCAAAAUACCGUUUUAUUGAAUUUGUAUAUAGUAUCUCUAAUAUUUCCUGGUUUUCACCAACAUGUAUUGUUUUAUGGAUUAUUAAUGUGUAUGUUCUUUAAUAUUAUGCAGAAUAGGUUUGUGUUUAGCUCUAUAAAGUUAGAAUUUCUUCUUGCAUCUACAGUUUUUUGUCAUCAUACUGUAGCCAUCACCUGCAGUAUGUUGGAUUGCCUUUAUGCGUGCAAUACAUUUUAUGUGGGAAACAAUCUGUCUGUGUACACUGAGUUACCUGUUUCUUAGAUUCACUUGUACAAUCUAAUAUAAUCCAAUACAACAUCCCAAAAACAUUUUUAAAUAAAAGAAAUGUCAUCUACUCUCAUUUAUAGUAAAUGCAUGAGGGCAACUGGAUAUUAGAAACAACAUUCAAAGUAAUGCAGAGUCCAAUUCCACACCGUAACAACAGCUUUAAAAUUACAAUAGAGAUGCAGCAACACCUCUGACACGCUGUCAACAAAUACUGAAGAUAAUAAGUAAUGUUGGGAGUAAUGUUAGAUGCUGGAGAACAUGCGUCUCUGGUGACAUGUCUCUGUAAUCCAGAGAAAGUGAUCCUCUUAGAGGUGUACCGACUUCCUCACGGCUCAGACCCUCUUAGGAAAGUAAGCCAACUGUUGCGCAUGGGACAGAAUCUUUUCACUUGAGCCAUAUUUUAUCAUAGAAUGCUUAUAUUUUACAAAGUAGUUUAAUAGAAACACACAUUCCACUAUUUUAUUGAAAUAGACAACCUAUGUUACUGGGAAUGUUACUACUUCUCUGAUGUCAUGUAGAAGUACAAGUGUCCUCUGAACUUCAGCUCCGAUAUCUUAUUACCUGGGCUCCUGAGAUAACUACACAGACAGGCACUGCUUUUAUACUGCAUUUUAUCUUCGCAAUGCUUGUUAAAAGACAAUAUUUAUUCAUUGUAAACACACCAAAGUGCAUGUUCUAGAAUGAAUGGAAAGCCACUUUUCAUUAUAUCUAAAGUAAUUAUGUCAACUCAUCUGAAUAAACAGUGUAUGUCAAUGCAA